UGAAGACACAAAGCAGGAGCGAGAAAGAGACAUGCACUGAAACAGGGAGGGAGAGAGGGAGCGGGAGAGAGAGGCGGAGUGCACGCCUGGGUGGGAAGACAGAGAGAGCGCGAGGGAGAAAUACCGUGCUUACUUUGUAGUUGCCGACAGACACCUGACAGGUGAGAGACAGCAUCGGGCUACUUGUGCUGGGGCUCAUAAAUUUGCAGAUGCCGACAGAUGUGCCCGAAGACAGGCUCGGCAAAGAGGAGAAUGCAAACAAGUGUGAUAGUAUGACUCUGUCCAGCACCCCGACAGUUCGCAGAGGAAGCACUCCUCUGCCAAUAAAGCACCAACUCAGGCGAGAAGAAGCUGUCCAUGAUGACUGUGACUGGACAUCAAGUGCUGCUGGGCCUUCAGUUUCACCAAACAGUUUUACCUCCAUCUUGGAUGCCACCCCGAUUGUGGCUGUAGAGGGCAGACCUUAUGGGCCAUUAAGGAUCACCCUGCUAGGGCAGAACGGCGUUGGGAAAUCCUCUCUGGCCAUCGCCCUCGCCGGGGACAUGGACAGAACUGCGUCCGUGGAUUCUGAUGGGGAGGGUUAUGUUCGCACAGUCACUGUGGAUGAUGAGGAGAGCACCAUCAUUAUCUAUGACAACUGGAGACAGGACCUGUCGGUUCUCCAGUGUGAAGUGUGUGUCCUGGUGUUUUCGGUAACUGACAGGCGCAGUUUCCACCGCACCGCUCAACUCCGACUUCUCCUGAGAGAGAAUCAGCCCCAGACUCCCAUAAUCCUCGUUGGUAACAAGAGUGACCUCGUUCGCACGCGUGAGGUCACGUCUCAAGAAGCCAUGUCCAGCGCUGCCCUCUUCAACUGUCUGUAUCUGGAGAUCUCCGCCUCCCUGGAUCAUCGUACGCCAGAGCUCCUGGAGUGUGCAGUGCGACUAGCCAGGGGUCAGCCCCCAUGGCCUCCAGGGACCAGUGCCGAUGACAUGAGCGGAGAUGGCCAACGUGAAAGCAUCACCUCGCGUGCCAAACGUUUCCUUUCAAGCUUGGUGCCACGGUACCCACGUGAGCGAGAAGUAAGCAAGUUCCUGAGGCAGAAGUCCCGCUCGUGCCACGACCUUGGGGCGCUGUGAUGGUGCAUGGCAAAGAGCAGACAUAGCUGGAAGUGGUGUAGUAUAUCAACAGAAAGAGUGAGUGAAACAGCACUUAGUGGACAAGAGAGGAGGAUGUGAGUGACAGAGGUGUGAAGAUGAGUUUUACCAGGAUGUUAUUCAUCUAUGUUGUAAGCUCAUUAUGAAAGACAACAAAAGUUUGUGAUGUUUAUCUCUACGAUGAUACAGUAAUUUUGUAUACCAGACCAGACCCAAAAAAUAGAUCAAGUACUGUUGUAGAAAGCAUGUAAAUAAGUUGUAGUAGUAAUACUUAAUUGCCACCCUCAACGUUUUGCAAGCUAAACAAAUAGCUUUUUUGAGUCCUGAAAAAUUUGUUUCAUACUGGCCUUGAUUUCUGUUAAUUAUACAGUUUGUCACAGUUUGCUUAUUAGCUUUAAGAGAAACAAGAGAAUCACAUUAAACAACACAGGCACAGGAUAGGGUCGUGACUAUAUAUACUCUCAAAUCUUUAGUGGGUUAGGCAUUGCAAAUGAUUGUAUUUAUUUAAUCUAAGCUUGUGUGGUUUCCAUGACGAUGGGACAGAUGAGAAUAAGAGACCUUCAGAGUUUAGUAUGGCAAUAGCUAUGUAUCCACACAUACCGCUCCACUUUAGCGAGGAGCUGAGCGAAGACCUGUGCCUGAAUGAAGAUACUUUUCCCCAAUCUCCGAUUCCCACCCCCCGGAAUAGCUGUGAUGAUGGGGACACAAUCUGAAGUUAAAUGUCUUUUUUUUCUCUCCCUGUUUUAAAUAAUAAUUUCUCCCUGUUAAAAAAAAAAUUGUAUUCA